UCACAUCCUGCCACUUCAUCGCAAAUUUUGCGCGGCUUUCUUCGGUGUGUUAUUAAAAGUCUGGGCAAAUAAGAGCCGGUUAUUGAUGCCUGCACCUCUCCGUUAGUUGAAUUUAAUACAUUUACAAACGGUAACACUUAACGAGACGCUCCGUUUACACUUUGCUGCAAACUCCCGCGGCUGUUUCAUCAGCUCUUUCUGCUCGGGGAGGAGCCGGUCCACAGGCAGAGCCCACAUCCGUUCAAACUUUGGGCGAAUGAAGAAAUAGCUGGAGGAAGAAGAUGAACAAGACUUUGUAGAAGACGUUACAAAGGGCUGGGGCACACACACACACAGGAAAAGACAUACCUGGACUUCAGGAGGUUAAGCUUUAAAACAUCACCAUGCUGCUGCAGAGGCUGACUCUGUGUUCAAGAAUCCCUGUGGAUCCACAGAGACACGUACCCCGGCUUCUCUCCAGACCUCUGACACAAGGUUUGUGGGGCAGGGCCCAUGGCAGCUCCUUUGCACACCGCGGUGAACUGCGUCAGGCCAAGAGGAUCGUAGUGAAGCUCGGCAGUGCCGUGGUCACACGUGGCGAUGAGUGCGGCUUGGCUCUGGGGAGGCUCGCCUCGAUUGUGGAGCAGGUGGCCAUGCUGCAGAAUCAAGGCAGGGAGAUGAUGAUUGUUACCAGUGGAGCCGUGGCGUUCGGCAAGCAGAGACUGAGACAUGAGAUCCUGCUGUCCCAAAGUGUCCGACAGGCCCUGCACUCUGGACACAACCAGCUCAAAGACAUGUCUUUGCCGGUGCUGGAAGCCCGAGCCUGCGCUGCAGCCGGACAGAGCGGCCUGAUGGCCCUGUAUGAGGCCAUGUUCACCCAAUACAGCACUUGCACUGCACAGGUUUUGGUGACGAAUCUGGACUUCCACGACGACCAGAAGAGGCAGAACCUGAACAGCACGCUGCAGGAGCUGCUGCGCAUGAACAUCGUGCCCAUCAUCAACACCAACGACGCCGUGGUGCCCCCUCCGGAGCCCAACAGCGACCUGCAGGGGGUAAAUGUGAUCAGCAUCAAAGACAACGACAGCCUGGCCGCGCGGCUAGCUGUGGAGAUGAAGGCCGACCUGCUCAUCGCCCUGAGUGGUGACGUGGGAAAUGGACUGUACAACAAACCACCCGGGACGGAUGAUGCCAAGAUCAUUGACAUCUUCUAUCCUGGAGACCAGCAAUCAAUCACCUAUGGCACAAAGUCCAGAGUUGGGAUUGGAGGCAUGGAGGCCAAGGUCAAAGCAGCCCUCUGGGCGCUGCAAGGUGGCACCUCAGUGGUCAUAGCGAACGGCACUCACCCCAAAGUAACAGGACACGUCAUCACUGACAUCGUGGAGGGCAAGAAAGUGGGAACGUUCUUCUCUGAAAUCAAACCUGCAGGUCCAACCGUGGAGGAGCAGACGGAAAUGGCUCGUAACUCUGGGAGGAGUUUGGCUUCUCUGCACCCAGACCAGAGAAGUGAGAUCAUCUGCCAUCUAGCAGACCUUUUGACUGAAAAGAAGGAGGACAUUCUUAAAGCCAACAAGAUGGACAUGGACCUGGCUGUGAGUGCAGGCCUCCUGCCUCCUGCCAUGUUGAAGCGUCUGAGCCUCACACCAGCCAAACUGAACAGCUUGGCCAUAGGUCUGCGGCAGAUAGCCGUGGCAGCGCAGGACAGCGUGGGCCGCGUGCUGCGGAGGACCAGGGUGGCUCACAACCUGGAGCUGGAGCAGAUCACUGUCCCCAUCGGAGUCCUUCUGGUCAUCUUCGAGGCCCGACCCGACUGCCUGCCGCAGGUGUCUGCCCUGUCCAUAGCCAGUGGCAACGCACUUUUGUUGAAGGGAGGCAAAGAGGCGGCCAACACCAACCGCGUCCUCCACCAGCUCACCCAGGAAGCCCUCUCCAUGCAUGGGGUCAAAGAGGCAGUUCAGCUGGUGAGCACCCGUGAGGAGGUGGAGGACCUGUGCCGACUGGACAAGAUGAUUGACCUGAUUAUUCCCAGAGGUUCGUCCCAGCUGGUCCGAAACAUCCAGCGGGCGGCCAAGGGCAUCCCAGUGCUGGGCCACAGUGAAGGGAUCUGCCACGUCUACGUCGACGCAGACGCCAGUGUUGACAAAGUCAUAAAAAUUGUGAGAGACUCCAAAUGCGACUACCCGGCUGCGUGUAACGCCAUGGAAACCCUGCUCAUACACCGGGACCUCCUCAGGACCCCGCUGUUUGACCAGAUAAUUGACAUGCUGCGCACUGAACGGGUGAAGAUUCACGCCGGCCCCAGGUUUGCCUCCUAUCUGACGUUCAGCCCUUCAGAGGCCAAGUCUCUGCGGACGGAGUACGGUGACCUGGAGUGCUGUGUGGAAGUGGUGGACAGCAUGGAGGAGGCUGUGGAUCAUAUACACAACUACGGCAGCUCCCACACGGAUGUUAUCGUCACAGAAAAUGAGGACACAGCGGAGCAGUUUCUCCAGCAGCUGGACAGCGCCUGUGUUUUCUGGAACGCCAGCUCCCGUUUUGCCGACGGCUACCGAUUUGGCCUGGGAGCAGAGGUUGGUAUUAGCACGGCCCGAAUCCACGCCCGGGGGCCUGUAGGUCUGGAGGGGCUGCUCACCACCAAGUGGGUCCUGAGAGGGGACGGGCACACGGCGGCCGACUUCUCGGAGCACGGCAACAUGAAGUACCUCCACGAAAACCUCCCCGUGGAGCAGACUUUAGCUGGACACAGAGACCACAACUAGACUAGAGAGACUUUUGACAACAUUCAUGUGCCAGUUACCCUCCAAAAACUCCCCAGCGUCGCUACGCACCAAUGACUCAUUUUGUGAGCACAGUCACAGAGAUGUUCAUGUUCAGAUUUACAAUGUAUAUAGUUUACAAUGUUUUAUAUUCUACCUCGUGAGUCAAGAGGACGCGUUUGCUAAAAUUAUGUCAGUACAUAAUAUUGUACCACACAUGCAUUAAAGUAAGUGCUUAAUUUUUUAAUAAUAAUAAUAAUAAUAAUGAAAUCUCAGGAUAUCAUUUUGAAACUGGCUUCUUAAUUUUAUUAAGAAUAUCAAUUUGUCAAUUUUUCUUUUUUUUUUUUUUUUUUUAUUCAAGCAUUAUUCUAACCAGAGAUGAGGAGCUGGAAGAAGUAAUUUCAGACGUGAAGUAACCUUUGUAGCAACCAGUACAUAGUUGUAUUUUAUAGCACAUGUUACGUAGCAUUAUCUCUUUAACAAUUUUUUUUUAAGAUUUCUUUGGUCAAAAAUCCCGGGAUGGAAUUGGUUAGAAUUGUUAUGUAGUAAUGUAAGUUAAACACACUCCAUCUCGCGUGCAUCCAUUUGAUUCUUUAUAUAUUUAUUUAUUUGACUGUUGUUACAAGUUGUGCUCCUUUUUUUUUUUUUUUUUUUUUCCCAUGCUUUGUUGCUUUCCUGCUUGUGGUGCCCAGAGCCUCUGUCAGAGCAGGAAUGGUAAUUGACAAGACGCCUCCUUCGAGCUGGAGGGGAGAAUGCAACUGCUUUUAAAUUAAGCUCUGUAACAUUCCAGCCUCUGAGCUGCAAUCUGAUGUCUUGCGAUGCACACGUAAGGUUUGGUUUGGGUUAUUUAAUAGGAGUAAUGUAGAAUGAUAAUAAUAAUAAAAAAUAAAACAGUGGAAAAAGACUA